AUGCUGUCAUAUUCCAAGUCUUCCAUCGUUGUUUCAAGAAUAAUCCUUGCCUUAUUUUUAUUCUCUUCUUCGUUCCUUUUAAAUGAAGCUUCCGCAGCUUUUAGGGCGGCUCUAGGCAACACUACGAAUUACCUAUCCAAUGCAUUAGAAAAUUCACAAGAACCAAAAGAAAGAUCAGACGAAUGGAGACAAAAUGAAUGGAAUAAAUGGGAAGAUAUAAUAGAAGAAGAAUGGGAAGAAUUCGAUGAAAAUUUAGAAGCCGAAAAGGAUGAACUCAUAAAAAUGAGUGAAGAGGAAUGGGGACCAUGGUUCGAAAGUAUCAAAAAAAAAUGGACCAAUUUCGGGAAAAAUAUAGAUGACAAAUAUAAAUCUGAAGUUUUAAAGGAAUCCUUGUACUGGAAUGAAGUGGCUUGGAGAACAUGGAUUAAAACAGCAGGAAGAUCAUUUAUAGAAAAAGAUUUGACAAGGUGGCUUACUUCCAAGGAGUCCUAUCUAUAUCGAUGGGUUUCGAAGGAAUGGACACAAUGGAAAAAUGAAAAAAUUCAAGAAUGGUUCAAUAGUAAAUGGAAGCGUAAGGAAAAUGAAUACUGGUGGAAAUGGGAAAAGAAAUUGAAAGAAUCAAAGAAUUCAUCCAGAAUGGUAAAUUCAAAAGAUCACGAAAAAUGGAUCAAGUGGAGAGAAAGGACCCAGUGUGAACUGAACAAAUGGCAUGAAUAUGUAGAGUUCAAAGAUAACAUUUAUAUAAAUUCGAACUGGGCGAAAUGGAAGGAGUGGAAAAAUGCGAAACGCACGUUGUUUUACGCUUGGGUGAAUUCUUAUGUGUACAAAUGGAUAAGGCAACAUCAGUGGACUGUCUUGACUGAAGAAAUAAAACAAUUAAGUUCAGCGAAAAGUUAG